AUGCCGCCCAGACAGCUUAUAACAGAAGACUUCCGGCCACUGAUUGCCGACCUAGUUGACGAGGGCCUCACCAAUGCUGAAAUACAAGCUGAACUAUCUACUCAUCACAAUCUUCAAUGCUCACUCAGGAGCCUCACUCGUGCACAAACGGACUGGGGCUUACAAAAACUUCCAGACGAACACACCUAUGAGCUUGUCAAUGAUCUAAUCAGCUCAUACCACGGUCAAGGUAUGCGGGCCAAACAUCUCCUCAAUAUCAUCAAAGAGUGUCACGGCUUCACCCUUUCACCACGUACCCUCGCACGACGCUGUCAAGUCCUCGGCCUGCACCAAAAGCACGACGACAUAGAUCUUGGAAAAGUUACUAUGGAAGAAGUAGCUGAGUUUAUUCGACAAACCAAGCGCAACCCGGAUGGUAAAUUAGCUGGAUAUCGUCGUGUACAUCACAUCCUCAGGAACCAGCACGAUGUAUUUGUCCACAGUUGUGCCCCCAACUAUUGCUACCUUGCGCCCAACUCCAACAACGGUGUCGAAGGCCUAAUUCCAGCGCCUUUGGAAGAUGUUGAAGAACUUCAAGCUCAACACUAUCCGAACGCUGAAGAGCUUAUGGUCACUUCUCCUCUAUGGCUCCGCGAAAUCUGCGCAUUAGCCCAAGAAGAACUUCAGAUUGACGCAGAUAACAUAGAUAUGGAAAAUAUAUGGAUUGUUUUUCACAAAAUACUCUCUUUCCUUAGAUCUUACGAUCUAUUCCUUCUCGGAAUGCCCGAGGGAGCUCCGCGUGCGGCCACUAAUCAUGAGAAAGCUGUCGAAACUGUGGCAAAUCGGUUUGGACUUUUGCCGCGCAACCAUUGA